AUGGAAAGCAAUAUCAAGAUCAGUCUUGUCGACAAGACCGCUCCCCGUCGUCCGUCGGACGAUGCGCUGGCGCAAUCGCACACCGCAACAACAGACCUCUCUCGGAAUAUCUCGAGGAAGUUCACCCGGGCAUCUAUACGAAGCGAGCUCGCCAAGCGCAAGUAUGCCAAAUGGCAGCCGGACCGUCUGGGGCGCGACCUGUUCACGACCGAGACGCGAACGGACACACUGGCAGGGGAGAGUCACUUGGCGGCGGGCCCCUCGUGGUCGCAGAGCUCUCCGGAGGACCAGCACAAUGUCGACUCGUCGGACGUCGACCAGCAGGGCGUCCGAGAUCACGAACAUGACGGCCACAACCACCCCAAGCUAUCGGGGCUGAAACCCGGCACCGAGCUGGACAUCCUGUACGAGAACCAACGGGGUUGGUUCUUCUUCGGCAUCCCCCUCUAUUCGCACAGCUCGCUGCUCAACUUCGACCCGGCAGCCUGGACGACGCCCGACGGUCGGGACAGCGCCGUCGACAUCACGAAAGCGCAGCUCCCGGACCCCAGCUGGGAGUGGGUCUGGAAGACCUGGUACGUGGACAUGUCCGGGGAUGUGGAUGAUCAGGGCUGGCAGUACUCCUUCUCGUUCGGCUCGUCGGCCUGGCAUGGGUCGCAUCCCUGGUAUCAUUCGUACGUGCGCCGUCGCCGAUGGGUCCGACUCCGAGUGAAGCGCGUGUCGGAGCGCAGUCGUCGGGGCCGGUCGGGUCUGGAGGUGGCGCACAUGCUUAACGAGGACUAUUUCACGAUCCACUCGGGGAAGGCGAAGACGAGGGCGCCGAGCACGGAUGGCCUGUCGCGCGCCACGUCCGGAUAUCUCAGUCGCGCGGCUACGAAGGUAGAGGAGGAGGUGCCAGUGGAGGAGAUCGCCAAUAUCCCGGCCUUGAUGCAUGCGUUGCGAGUGGCCAGAGUCGAUCGGGAGAAGAUGGACGCUCUGGAGCAGUUUAUGCAGGAGGGUGGGGACGAGCUCUUUUAUUUGGAUGGAAAGAUCCCGGAGAUCAUGUCUAUGUUUGUCUUCCAGGCUUCUCGGUGGCAGUACUUCACCCGCUUAUCCGAUGUCGUCGAGGAGCUGUCUCAGAGUAGCUCUGAAGCAAGUGGAAAGGAGGCAGCGGAGCUCCAGCGUAAACGCGAUCACCUUCAGAAAGCUGCAGAUGUAGCCCGGCGUCAUCUCACGGGGCCUGAAGUGCUGCAUUUCGAUAACCGGCACCUGGAGGCGGGGAUGCUGGACCUGACUCCAGCCCCGAAGAGAGGCAGUUUGUUGUCGAAGUACUCCGGCAAAGUCUCAUUCCGUCCUAUGGAUGACGGGGGUGAAAUCAAAGGAAUCCCCCAAGCAGCUGAAGUAGGGCGUGAGGGCCAUAUUUACCAAAUGAAAGCGGAGUGCUGGCGGCGACGGGCACAAAACCUCGGGCCGUUCACUGACCGCCUUGGCCGGGAAAAACAUUUUCUAGGUUCCGCAGCGGAUCCCUACGGGCUCUCGUCAAUGCUUUCACGCAGUCGGCCAUAUCUCACGAGGCGCAGAUUACCUGCUGUCCUGGACCACGUCGCGACUGCCCCCGAUGAGCCACUCCUCUUUCUUUAUCCAUCCUGGUUUACGUCUCUGCCCGCGCAUCGGGGGUCGGCCUUGACAAGAAACCCCGCUCUUAGUUUAUCCAGACAAUAUCAUCGCCCUAGCAAACGUGGACCCAAUGCCCCCCGACUCUCCCCGCAGUCCUCGACCGGAAAUUAUUCGUCUAGACAAAUAACCUCUUCUUCCAUUGCCGUCGGAAGACGUGGCUUGGACAAGGAAGCCACAAAGCCUCAAGCAAAGCCUCAAGCUUCACGGACGUCGCCCCUCCCUCAACCGACGUCCGACAACACUUCGAGAUGGACGCCACCGCGGGUAAGAAGUCUUGCCGCGCUGUCUUCGAUCUCGCCCCGCGACAAAAAGAAACUACAACACCGACAAUCCGAACUCGACAACACGCGCAAAAACCAACAGAAAACGAUAGAGAGACGGUGGAAGGACCAGGCUGCGGUUUACGAGAGGAUGCUCCGGAUGAAUCGAGCAAUUCCGGCAAACGCUCCGUUGAAGUCCAACCAGCUGGAGCUAUAUCUAAGGGAGGAGACGAUCGCCGAAUUCGCCGGCUUGGUGUCGAGGGGCGAGAACAUUUUCUAUCGCCAUGUAUAUCACGGGUGCAAGGUGCAUGUUAAGCCGCUGUCGGAGAGCGUCGGGAUGUGUCGCCGGGUGAUCUUGGAGGGUCGACCGGCGGCCGUGGAGGAGGUCAAGAAAGAACUGCUGGAGAUCGGGACCCUACAAGAUGAAUAUGAUCCGGUCGUCGACAUGCGUAAACCGGUGGUUCCCAUCUACCCUCGGGUUGACCGACGGAUACACAAAGACAUACCCUUGGUUCGGGGCACGUGGGAUAUGCCCAAGGAUCCCACGGAGUUCACUGUGGAUCAGAUUAUCCGCCAGGGAGAGCUCCUAGCUACUGUGAGGGACUUUACGCACCACGUGGAGGAUCUCAUUACGUCUUGGCCCAACUCCAGGGAGCAGCCGGGUAAGCACGGUGCGGAUGUGGCCGAUGCUCUCGAGACGCUUUUCCUGAAAAGCGCCCACACAGAAUUGACUUCAACAGCGUCGUUGAAUCAAGCCCUGUCGUUCUUGCUAGAACGCAAGCAGUAUUGGAUUGCACACCAGAUUUUCCACUCCGCGAAACAUGUUGCAACCGUGGAAACCUUCAACAUGAUGCUCAGGUCGACGGCCCUCGAGCAGAACCUGAAGCGGUUCAGGAACCUCUUGCAUGGUAUGGAAAAUCUGGGCAUCCGCGCAGAUGUCGAGACCUGGCUUGCUUAUGCUGACUGCUUUGUUUCUCCAACCAAGAAGAUGGCAGUAGUGAACAGUCUACGGCAGCGAGGGAUGCUGCAGGAGACCACGCUGCAGCGGACAGCGUUGCGCGCGGUGUUACACGACUUACUGGUGGAGCAUCUCCAUAACGGCGGCGACAUGAACUCUUUUCUGGAAAAGAUAGCCCGGGACUGGGACAGCACGAUGUUCAGCCCGAGUAUGGUCAACCAGAUGAUGUGCGCCGUCAUGCGAGUGAAUCAUCUGAAGGCGAGAGAUCAGCUGUUCCAAUUCUGCAGGCAGAAUGGCUUACGUAUCGAGCCUUACACUUUUUAUCUUCUCGUGGGCACAUGCAACAAGGGCAACAUCCUUCAGGCCCUGCAAUACAUGUACCAGACCAUGGAGGAUCCGGCGCGAGAACUCAACGUCGCCGGCUGGACGCGACUCUUCCUACACGCAUGGCACGGCGGAUACUACAACAUUUGCCGUGUGCUAUGGCGGUAUGCCUGCAUGAGAGGACAUGCGGCUUCACGCAUUGCCGAGCGAGUCUAUGAAUCCCUGCUGCACGAAGCUGGCCCGGAGACAACCUUCCGCAGGGCUGUCGCGGCGCGGCUCAUCCUCGGAAUCGAUCUGGGGUCGCCCAGGCCAACCUCGGGCGGGAGGUUUUAUAAGCUCAAAGGCUUGCCGGCCGAAUAUUCCGCAGACCCGGUGAAGUAUCUGUGCAUCCAGGUUGAUCCCACGGAGCGGAAUAACCAGCUGAACGUCAGCGAGGCGAUCCUUGCUCGCGAUAUGGAUGUGGCACGAUUCUACAAACCUCAGGUAUCACUUCGGGCGAUGCUCGACGCUGCGACUAUUGUGGAUCUCGAAUGGAAGGAACUGGCUCGCGAGAAGGCUUUCGCUCGCGAGGAGCCUCUGACCCUCGAAUGGAUGCGCGACAACAUCAUCCAGGUUAAAUUACUCCCGCAUGACCGCCAGGACGAGAAGAAAAAGAGGCAGAAGCAGCAGCAGCAGCGGUGGCGGCGGCGGUGA